UUUAAUAAAAUUGUUGGAUCUGAACAUACAAUCAAGUUUGCUUCUUAAGAAUGAGAAGUAAAGACCCUCGUAUUAUAGUUUAUCCUUACAGAUGCUGGGUCUGAUAUCAACAUAGUCAUUUAAAACAAAGAUUAGCAGUUAAUCACUGUAAUAAUCCCAUAAAUUCUGGAAUUAUUCUCAGUUACCUUUUCAAAUUAAUCUUACCUCUUUCUCUACUCUCAGUAAGUUCAAUAUUACGACUAAUACACAAAAUCUUAGCAUGAACUCUUUUCUACUCACACAGCUUUGGAAGCCUACUGGCUACCGAACCAGUAGGCUUUGAAAGCAAUUAUUUAACACUCUUCCUCUUCCCAACGAGGAAGCCUCUGUCAGCCACUUUGUACAGAAAGGUGUCUAAAUUGGUUGUUUAGCCAG